CAGAGACGAUGGCUACAGCGCUGCCUGACACUCUGGAGGAGCACAGCCUCUACCCUACUCUCCUGCUUUCCUCGUAGGAGCAGAGCCCCGCCCCCACUACGGCUACUCUGAUCAUAUCACUGUCAUGCUCAUCCCAGCAUACAGACAGCUCAUCAGACGUGCCAAAUCAGAGAAGAAGCAAGUUACAACCUGGCCUCCAGGAGCCAUCUCUGCUCUUCAGGACUGUUUUGAGCACACUGACUGGGACAUGUUCAGAGAAGCUGCUACUUCUGAUGACUCCAUCAACCUGGAGGAGUACACAGACUCAGUGACUGGCUACAUCAGCAAGUGCAUUGAGGAUGUUACUGUCUCCAAAACCAUCACAUCCCGCCCCAACCAGAAGCCGUGGAUGACUGCAGAGGUGCGUGUGCUGCUGAGAUCCCAAAACAAGGCCUUUAAGUCAGGGGACAGGGCUCGCCUCCGAACAGCUAGAGCCAAGCUCUCCCAGGGGAUCAGAGAGGCAAAGCGCACCUACGCAAAGAAAAUCCACGCCCACUUCCAGGACACUACUGACACUCGGCGCAUGUGGCAGGGCAUCCAGACCAUCACCAACUACAAGUCACCCUCCCCUGCUUGUAACAGUGAUGCCUCCCUUCCAGAUGCACUGAACUCCUUCUACGCAAGGUUCGAAGCACAGAACUACACGACAGCAAGGAAGACUACACCUCCUCCAAACGACCAGGUACUGUGCCAGUCCUCAGCUUAUGUGCGGAAAACUCUACUCAGAGUCAACCCACGGAAAGCCCCAGGACCAGACAGCAUUCCUGGCAGAGUACUCAGAGGAUGUGCAGAACAACUCACGGAUGUUCUCACGGACAUUUUCAACAUCUCUCCGAGUACUGCAAUCGUGCCGACGUGCUUCAAGACGACCACCAUCGUCCCUGUGCCGAAGAAGUCUCAAGUGUCCUGCCUUAAUGACUACCGUCCCAUUGCACUCCCAUCAUCAUGAAGUGCUUUGAGAAGCUGGUCAUGAGGCACAUCAAAAACCAGCUCCCGUCCUCACUGGACCCUCUGCAGUUUGCGUAUCGUCCAAACAGAUCAACAGACGAUGCCAUCUCUACUGCGCUCCAACUGGCUCUCACCCACCUGGACAACAAAGACUGCUAUGUUCGAAUGCUGUUCAUCGACUUCAGUUCAGCAUUCAACACCAUCAUCCCUCAGCAUCUGAUCGGAAAACUGAGCUUGCUGGGCCUGAACUCCUCCCUCUGCAACUGGGUUUUAGACUUCCUAACUGAGAGACCACAAUCAGUCAGGAUUGGAAACAACACCUCCAGCACCACCAUACUGAGCACCGGCGCCCCAGGGCUGUGUGCUCAGCCCACUGCUGUUCACUCUGCUGACUCAUGACUGUACUGCAAAGUACAGCUCAAACCACAUCAAGUUCGCUGAUGACACAACUGUAGUUGGCCUCAUCAGCAAGAACGACGAGUCAGCAUACAGAGAGGAGGUGCAGUGGCUGACGGACUGGUGCAGAACCAACAACCUAUCUCUUAACGUGGAUAAAACCAAGGAGAUGGUUGUUGACUUCAGGAGAGCUCCAGGUGUCCACCACCCGCUGAACAUCAACGGCUCUGCUGUGGAAAUUGUGGAUAACACCAAGUUCCUCUGUGUUCACAUUGCAGAGAACCUCACCUGGUCCCUCAACACCAGCUCCAUAACCAAGAAAGCCCAGCAGCGCCUCUACUUCCUGCGGAGACUGAGGAAAGCACAUCUCCCACCCCCCAUCCUCACCAUGUUCUACAGAGGGACUGUAGAAAGCAUCCUGAGCACCUGCAUUACCGUCUGGUUUGGGAAUUGCAACACCUCAGACCGCAAGACCCUACAGCGGAUAGUGCGGACAGCUGAGAAAAUCAUCGGAGUCUCUCUUCCCUCCAUCACCGAGAUCUACACCACACGCUGCAUCCGCAAAGCCACCAGCAUUGUGGACGACUCCACCCAUCCCUCACACGGACUCUUCGCUCUGAUGCCGUCCGGCAGAAGAUACAGGAGCAUCCGAGCCUCCACUACUAGACUCUGCAACAGCUUCAUCCACCAGGCAGUCAGACUUCUCAACGCACAGAGACAGAACUGAACUCCCACCCCACCCACCACUCACCAAACACACUCGCACAAAA